GUCGCUUCAGAGGCUUGUACUGUACAGUACCAUUAGUUUUCCUCUUCCAUCACCUCCUGACUCAGCGCUGAACCCUCGGCGGGGCUGAAGGAGCGGUGAGGAGGGGGCGGCGGGUCGGGGCGCCUGAGGGAGGAGCGCUGCAGUCUGCCGCAGUGUGUGGCGGUGAGUUGGUUGGUGCACGCGACGCUCUGCUCACCCUCGUCGCCGCCGUCUUCAGGCACCACGCCACGGGAACCCUCGUGUCCCGUCACCGUGUCUGUGGGGUCAUAGCACCAAAGCAACCCAGCCCGGCCCCGCCACAGCUCCCCCCGAGGCACGUGCGGCGCUGUCCUCCUGUGGCCCAGUGUACCCAAGUUUGCCCGACCAUGGAAACCUGAGACUGAGGAAGUACGACUGGAGACGAGACGCAAGCACAGGGACACUCACAAGAUGGCAGCACCGGGGUGAAGGGAGGAAAGGAAGGACGGGACGCGGCAUAUUCCCAAUCUCUCUACGGAGCUGGGAAAUACUCGGGCAGCGACACUUCAGCACACACGUAUACACCCCUCAGGCGACCCCAAGGAAAGACCCGGCAAGAUGCACCUGUUCCUGAAGACGCUGUACAUGCUGACGGUGAUGGUGACGACGGCGAUGAUGAUGGUCGUGGUACUGCUGUCCACACCCGACAUCCACGCCCGCCUCACCACCAACGGGAUGUACCAGCGCACCGACCUCGCCUACAACCAGCUCGUUAUCCAGAGCCUCGACAACCCUGGAGUGUUUGUGGCGGACGAGACGAGUGACGUGCAGGAGGAGGACGAGGAGGAGGAGGAGGAAGCAGAGGAGAAGAAGAAGGGUGCUGGGGAGGAGGUGAAGCAGAGUGGAGGAGGCGAAGAUGAGCACCAGAGACAGCGAGGCCCCGUGAAGCGAGAGGCAGCUUGGGACUACUCGGGAAACAACACGGGUCACCUCAAGAUCCUGCUGGACUAUGGACGGCCGCAGCACGAGCCUUGGCCGGGGCGCGUGGGCUGUGCAGGCCUGCGCGUUGCCUUCGCCCGCCGCCUGACGCUGCCCAGGACCGCGCUCGCCUCCUUCCCCGGCUCCGGCAAUACGUGGCUUAGGUACCUCAUUCAGGGCGCGACGGGUCUCUUCACCGGCUCUGUGUACCUGGACCGUGAACUGGCGACAAAGGGAUUUUACGGCGAGAACGAACCUCCAGAGUGCGGCUGCGCGGUGGUGGUGAAGACACACGGAUAUUGCUUGGCGGGGCUGCCGGCGACCAAAGAGGAGCGCUUGCGGGACUUGGAGCGGUUCUACGGGCGCGGUUUGCUACUGCUGCGGAGCCCUUACGACACGCUGAUCGCAUAUCGUAACUACCUGACGGCCGGACACCUGGGCGUGGCGGGACCCGACGCCUUCAGGGGCACAGACUGGGAGCGGUUCGUGCGUGGACAGACGGAGAUGUGGAAGACCUACGCGAUCGACUGGCUGACGCAGGGCAGGAGCGUGUUGCUGAUUCACUACGAGAGGCUGCUGCAGGACCCCCAGAAGGAGCUGCUCAGGAUCCUACAUUUUCUACGCCUGCGGGUGGACCAGCGGCGCCUGAAGUGCACGCUGCAGAACCUCGACGGCGCCUUCAGGAGACCCACGCCCGAUAACAUAUCCUACAGGCUCCGAGACCCGUUCACCCCUGCUCUUCACGUCGUGGUGGAGGCAGCCAUGCGGGAGGUGGACGAAGCCCUCACCAAGCUUGACCGAGAGCCACUACCCGCCAACUUCUACAGCUACCACCACCACCACCACCACCACGCCCACCACCACACCCACCAUCACCAUCACCACCACAACACCACCACGAGAAGCCCAACGCACGGUGACACAAAGCAGAUCAAGAAACAAAAGAGCAGCGGGAGUGGUGUGAGUGAUCCGCCGAAGAGCUCUGUGGCGGGUGUUGUGAACGGUGCUGAACGGAACUCAGUGUCGGGAGGGGAAGGGAAGGGAGCGCCGGAGCCUCCAGUCCUUCAGCUAAGUCCGUGGGUGAAGGGACAGUGAGUGCGUGAGUCUGGAAAGAGAACCUUGUAUUGUUGUUUCUGAAUCGGGUAGUGUGUGUUCCGUGUGAAAGGCUUACAAAUGAAGUCGUCUCCUUGGUCUUGGUCUGGGUUGGGAGUCUCCUUCGUCGUGAGUGCGUGCGCAUGGAUGGAAAAUAACCCAGUGUUGUUGUUUUACCUGUAGUAUGAAGUGUGUGUUCCGUGCGAAAGGCUUACAGGUGAAGUCGUCUAAAUGGUCUUGGUCUGGGUUGUGAGUCUCCUACGUCGUUGGUGAUUGCGAGUGGCCUUUGAUUCGGCGCUCUCCCACUCUCGUCUAACACCAACUCGCCAACGUACCAACUCGGCCCUGUGCUAACUCGCCCCAGUACAAACUCGCCCUCAUACGAACUGGCCCUUCUGAUGAAACCAUAACAGCGGCAAGAUUAUAACGAUGCUUCUCUUCUCUCAGUUAUAUACAGUGAGGACGAGUUCAUAGGAAGGUGAGUUUGUACUGGAGGGAGAUCAUAUCGUUUGUGGGGAGAGUUAAUAUGAUGUGUGUUGGUAUAUGGGGCGACUGUGUGUGUGUGUGAGUGAGUGUGUGUGUGUGUGUGUGUGUGUGUGUGUGUGUGUCCUUUUCAAGUAAAGGGAUAACCAAGGUUCAGAAUUAACCUGAACCUUAACAAAACAAUAAAGAAACACAAAAAUCUCACGCGACGCUCACCUCACCCUACCCACACCCUUACCACGCCCACACCCUCACACCCACGCCCUCACACGCCCACGCUCUCAUCACCACAUCCUCACCAAGCCCACCGAAGAACUAUCAAUACUCCACAAUUAUCUCAACCUUCAGAAGUGACGGUCCUCCUAAAGUCUGACCUACCAUGACUCUUUAACUGUCUAUCUGUCUACUUAUCCGCCUGUCUAUCUGUUUAUCUGUGUCCUUUUUGCUUCGCCUCGCACUGCCGCCGCCCGUCCGUGUUCCCCGUGCUUUGUUUCUUCUUUCAUUACUGGAGUCUGCUGAGUGGGUGGAUGUUACCCUGUAUUCGUUAUGGUGCGGCCACACUGCACGCGGGUUCCUGGGAGGGUAGAGGGUAGCGGGAUGCCUAGCGGGUCAGAGGCAAGAACAAACACAUGUUAUCUAAUAGGAGUGGCCAUACAGGACGCGGGUAGCGGGUAAGCUUGGAGGGAACCCGCUACCCGCGUCCUGUAUCGCCCCUCGCAUUAGUGCAGUGUGGCCGCACCCUAAUGGAGGAAAGGGAAGGUAUAAGACAAAGAUGAUGGGAUACUCUUCAGCUUCGCGUGACCUCAGUGCUCAUCUCCGUCGCAGUGCCUAGUCUGUUUUUCUCCUUGGUCUCUGUACGGUGUGUGUCGGCGGCUCUGUGUGCAAGAAGACUUAAAGGCAGGUAUUCUUGGACACUUUCGGCGGUCACAACAACUAUUGCCAAAGCCCAGCAAGGAGGUCAGUCGGGUUCUCAUGAGAGUUUUCCGCAUUCACGGUGCAGAGGCCUCGUUAAACUAUCACUAGGCUCAUAAAACUAUCCAUGGAAAUACUAACACAACCUCUAUGGAAGCCUUAUUGAAUGUGGGUGUGUGAGCCCCGAAAUGUAUCAGAAGCCUUGUCAAACUAUCACUAGGCUCAUAAAACUAUCCAUGGAAAUAGCCGCAACAACCUCAACGAAAGUCUUAUUGAAUGUGUGUGUGUGAACCCGGAAAUGUUUGAGAGUAUGGGACUUCCUGUAACGCCUCACCGUCAUUCCUCUUUCACCCAUGUUCUGUACGCGGCGCUGUCAUGCUCUUUACCGUGUGGGACUUACUGUAACGUCUCUGUGCAAUCAAUCUUUCGUCCAUGUUCUGUAUACGCGGCCCUGUCAUGCUCUUUACCGUGUGGGACUUACUGUAACGCCUCACUGUCAUUCCUCUUUCACCCAUGUUCUGUACGCGGCGCUGUCAUGCUUUUUACCGUGUGGGACUUACUGUAACGCCUCACUGUCAUUCCUCUUUCACCCAUGUUCUGUACGCGGCGCUGUCAUGCUCUCCUUUACCUUGUGGGACUUGCUGUAGCGUCUCUGUGCAAUUCAUCUUUCGCCCAUGUUCUGUACGCGGCCUGUCAUGCUCUUUACCUUGCUCUGUGUGACCUACGCAGACUCCCUCGUCCUCUCCCUGCCCCGCGCACCCUCCACCCCACAAGCCUUUCGUCCACGUGCCCUCCGCGGCGGGUCUCGGGAGGGUCCACUGUAUCUAGCAUCUAGACGCCAACUGUGUACGGGCAGGUGCAUUGGUGCCACCCGUGUCAUCUGUUCCAGGUAAUAUUCGGUUGUGUUCUGACAAAAGUGAUCCCGGGUACCUAACGUAGCUGUUGGUUUGCGUGAUCCAGAACAGGAGUUACUAUGGUGCGAGGUAGGGGUCGAAAAAUCUUAUUCUUCUUAUUCUUAUUUAUAUUCUUAUCCUUAUUCUUCUUAUUUUUAUUCUUAUUUUUUAUUGUUAUUGUAGUUGACGUCUUGCUCCAUCGUCUGCACCAAAGAGCGAGUCAGUGCGAGUAAUGAAAUCCGUAGAAAAUCAAGAGUUUGCCUAAUGGAUGAAGGGACAGGCGGCGGUUCUAACGGAGCGGCAGCGAAUGUUGUCAUGCGCGGCUGUCUCUCAGGCGUGAAGGCUUAUUUGGGGGACGAGGAAGUGUGGCUCGACGGUACUGCUCCGGAAUAUCUGGCUGAAGGGAAAAACAAAGUAGCAGCGUGGAAAGGUUCUUGUACACUUUGAAAUAUAAAGAUGUUAUACCUCAGAGUUUAUUUAUUUAUUUAUUUUAUUUUUUUGCAGCAGAGGAAGCAACUCAGAGGCAAAAACAAAUAGGGAGAAGCAACAAAAACAAAAAAAAGCCUUCUAAGCAAAUGUUAUGAUAAUGCUGCGUAUGGAAAGAUUGUUGUACAUUUUGAAAUAUGAAAAUGUAAUACUCAGAAAUGUUAUGACAAUGCUGUUGAAAGAUUAUUGUACAUUUUGAAAUAUGAAAACGUAAUACUCAGAAAUGUUAUGAUAAUGCUGUGUAUUAAAAGAUUGUUGUACAUUUUGAAAUAUGAAAACGUAAUACUCAGAAAUGUUAUGAUAAUGCUGUGUAUUAAAAGAUUGUUGUACAUUUUGAAAUAUGAAAAUGUAAUACUCAGAAAUGUUAUGAUAAUGCUGUUGAAAGAUUAUUGUACAUUUUGAAAUACGAAAAUGCGAUACUCAGGAAUGUUAUGAUAAUGCUGUGUAUUAAAAGAUUGUUGUACAUUUUGAAAUAUGAAAAUGCAAUACUCAAAAAUGUUAUGAUAAUGCUGUGUAUUGAAAGAUUAUUGUACAUUUUGAAAUAUGAAAAUGUAAUACUCAAAAAUGUUAUGAUAAUGCUGUGUAUUGAAAGAUUAUUGUACAUUUUGAAAUAUGAAAAUGUAAUACUCAGAAAUGUUAUGAUAAUGCUGUGUAUUAAAAGAUUGUUGUACAUUUUGAAAUAUGAAAAUGUGAUACCCAGAAAUGUUGUGAUAAUGCUGUGUAUGGAAGGAUUCUUGUACAUUUUGAAAUAUGAAAAUGUAAUACCCAGAAAUGUUAUGAUAAUGAUGUGUAUUGAAAGAUUAUUGUACAUUUUGAAAUAUGAAAAUGUAAUACCCAGAAAUGUUAUGAUAAUGAUGUGUAGGGAAAGAUUAUUGUACAUUUUGAAAUAUGAAAAUGUGAUACCCAGAAAUGUUGUGAUAAUGCUGUGUAUGGAAGGAUUCUUGUACAUUUUGAAAUAUGAAAAUGUAAUACCCAGAAAUGUUAUGAUAAUGAUGUGUAGGGAAAGAUUAUUGUACAUUUUGAAAUAUGAAAAUGUAAUACUCAGAUAUGUUAUGACAAUGAUGUGUAGGGAAAGAUUAUUGUACAUUUUGAAAUAUGAAAAUGUAAUACUCAGAUAUGUUAUGAUAAUGAUGUGUAGGGAAAGAUUAUUGUACACUUUGAAAUAUGAAAAUGUAAUACUCAGAAAUGUUAUGAAAUUGCUGUGUAUGGAAGGAUUCUAGUACAUUUUGAAGUAAGAAGAAAACGUAAUAUACCAAAAUGUUAUGCUUCUGCUACGCAUGGAUAAUUCUUGUACAUUUCGAAAUAUGAAAAUGUUUUACUUCAGAGCGUUACGAUAAUGCUGGAUAUAUUACUGUACCUGUAACUUGCAGUGAAGGGCCAUUCUCUCAACCCAAAUCAAUAAAAAAUGGCCCAAGUACAGGAGCGUCACAAAACAGAUCAGUUGGAUAUGUUAUUGAAUAUGAUCUGUAACUUGCAGUGAAGGGCCAUCCUCUCAACCCAAAUCAAUAAAAAAAUGGCCCAAAGUACAGGAGCGCCACCAAACAGAUCAGUUGGAUAUGUUAUUGAAUGUGAUUUGUAACUUGCAGUGAAGGGCCAUUCUCUCAACCCAAAUCAAUAAAAAAUGGCCCCCGUACAAGAGCGUCACAAAACAGAUCAGUUGGAUAUGUUAUUGAAUAUGAUCUGUAACUUGCAGUGAAGGGCCAUCCUCUCAACCCAAAUCAAUAAAAAAAUGGCCCCCGUACAAGAGCGUCACAAAACAGAUCAGUUGGAUAUGUUAUUGAAUAUGAUCUGUAACUUGCAGUGAAGGGCCAUUCUCUCAACCCAAAUCAAUAAAAAAAUGGCCCAAAGUACAGGAGCGUCACCAAACAGAUCACAGUGGUUGUCCUUGAUGAGUAGUGAUUCAAAUGUUUAGCGCAGAUGUUGUCAAGACUUUGCCGCAAGAAAGGACACCAAGGCGCACUCAUGAUGUUAAUGUUAUGCUUUUCUAUACAAGGUCAGCUUCAUCAUCGUUAAAAGUUCGUCUCCUCAGUUUGAUGUCGUAAUACAGGUCUGAGUUGAUGGUUUAUAUAUAUACUGACGUGCUGAACUAUAAUCAUCCUUAUUUAAGAGAAUGUUAUGUAUGAUACGAAUAAUUUCAGUACAAUGAAUUAUUUUC